AGUGCUUCGCCGGAUAUUCACAAAGAGAGUCGCUUGAGCCGGAAUAUAUUGCGCGUACUUUAGAAUACAAACUUCAUAUAUAUUAAUAUAUAUAUGUAUAUGUAAAAACAAACAAACGAAUAUAUAUUUGUACAUUAUUUUUAAGGCAAACUUAUUUGCGAAUGUCGAAAAUAUAAACAAAUACGAAAUACAUUUUUGGUGUUUAGUGAAAAGUUGUGUACAGAAAAAAUAAAAUAAAUAUGAAGUGAAAUGUGGAAAUACAGAAUGUUAAAUACUUUAAAGCAUUAUAAAUAAACAAAAAGAGUAAAAAAAAAUAUCUCACUAUUUUUGAGAAUUUUUUUUUGUAAUCGCGAGACCUUGAUGCAUUACUUGUGUUUUAGAGCUUUGUGCGAAGCAAUGUGUUUGCUUUGAUAUUAAACGGUAGUUUUAACUGUUGAUUCUUUAAAUCAUGCUUUUAACUUAAAACAAAGUUAAUGCGCUGGCUCGAGUGCGGGUGUCGGAGUCUUGCUUUUUUAUUUUGUUGCUUUUCAUGUAUAAUGUGACUACAAAUAUAUGUAUAUAAAUUCAUAUAGAAUUAAGAAAGUGUGCAGAAAUAUAUAAAAACAAAAGAAAUAAACUAAAAUUCAGGAAAAACAAAACCAAUAUCAAUUUGAUCAGCCUCUGCAUGUGACUGUAUGUGUGAAGCGAUAGCUAAACGGGCACACACAGUGAGCGCUAGACAUUCGCCCACUCAUCGCAAAAAUCUACAAAACUCAAAGCAGGAAAUAAAAGCGAAACGUAGAAAAUAAAAUCGUGUACAAAUAAACAACGCACAGCGGGUUGGUGGAGUGUUAAGCGGCGUGGUGUUAUGCGGUGAACGUGUGCGGUGCAUAGCGGCGCCACCAAAAGAAUGUAAGCAAAUCAAAUAAUCGUGACUACGUACACGGUCGCUGCUGUUUAUGUUUGGACGUGCAUUUGUAUUCGCAAUUUACACCUAUAUAUGUCUAUGUAGCGCUGUAUAACCACUAUCAAAUAUCUGGAUUUUGACAUAUUAUCACUGAAAGCAUUGAUUCCAUAGAUGUUGCAGCAUUAAACAAUCAAAGAAACUAGCAAAAACAAAAUACACGCCAAACCAUUAUUUCGAGUUCAACUCACUACUUUUAAAACAUGCAAAAAUGCUAAAAGCAUAAAUCACUUAAAUGAAAUCAAAUUGAAAUUAUUUGCAUUAUUCAAAUUCCAAAACUAUUAUUUGAUAAUAAGAACAAAAAAUUAAAGCCCAUAGAAAAAGUAAUAACACGCAAAAGAGAAAGCCGAAAAAAAAAACCAAAGACAGCAAGAAAGCAUAAUUUACUGUCUACUCAAACCACUUCUGUCCCAUUAACCACCAUUACGAACAGUGUGACCAAAACAACACUAAUACUCAUUGAAUAUUAUGCAAAUAAACGGCACUUCUUCUGGUCCCACAAUGGCUGCGUCUGAGCCACCAGAACCACCGCCGCGCAAUCCGGAUCGCAUUAACGCUUCGCUACACAAACUGAGCGAAUCUAAAAAUAUCAAAUCCCUCGACUCGUGCAUAGCAACGAUAAACGAAAAAACGAUCAACAAUAAUAAACCGUUAAAACCGAUAUUAUCACUGGACCACGGCAACAGUACUAUUGGUAACAACACAAGUUUUAGCAACAGUGCAGCCACUGCCACACCAGCCUCCAAUAGCAAAGGUGCAACGACAGCUAGCGCUACAACAACUGUUACAGCUUCGACUAUAUCUUCCGCUGCCAAUUUAUCGAGCGGCAGCACCACGCUACAGUCAACUACGCCAGCAGCGCCACUCGUGUACACCAAACGCGCUGCAGCAGCGACAACUUCAGUGAUUGCGGCUACCCCAGCAACGACCGCAACAACAACAACGGUUGUAGAUAUCACACCUAGUGUAAACACCGGUGACAGUGUCUCGCCGCUCAGUUCGAAUGGCAGCAGCAGUAAUCAAACGCUCAUCUCACCAAUGACGAUCGAUAAUCAGCAGCAUCGCCUAAGUUUUCCCAAUAAAAACGAGGUGCAUGCAGCACUUAUGGCACAACAACAGCAACAACAUUUGAAUGGCACCAAUGCAACAACAACGCUACUCAAUGGUAGCGUUGCCGGUACAGCGGGCAGUAAUGCAUUGAAUGCUAACAAUGCGAAUGCGAAUUUAGCGACGACGUCUGUGGGGGCUGCGAAUGCUUCGAAUACAACAAAUAGCGCAGAUUCCCCCACAAAACUACGCGAGGAAAACGAACGACUUAGCGCGGAAAUACACCGCCUACGAAAACUGUUGGAAAACUCACCAGAGGGCGCUGUUGGCGGUGUCGACCUUUCGGACUCCAAUAGCUGUGGCGAUGCCCAUUCAACCGACGGCAGCGGUAGCAUGCCACAACAACGUGUCGAUCGGCUGGAAGCCGAGCUACGUUCAGCAAAGAGUCAAAUAAUGACAUUACGCAUCGAACGUAAGAAGCUACGCACCGACAAAAGUGAACUGCUUGCACAGGUAAAGCAACUCUGCGCCUCGCUGCAAGACAAGGAGCAGGAACUGCGUGAUUUUAUACGUAAUUUUCAAGAUCGUGUGCGCGAGACUGAAACAAAUAAUGCAAAACUGACCGGUGAUCGCGAACGUGAACGUUGGCAAUUACUGAAACAGGCACGCGAUGAGGCUGAACGUUCGUUGGCAUUGGCGCAGCAAUUGAAUGCACGUGACCUACAGCUGCAACGUUUGCAAGAUCAGCUACAAGAGGCGCGUCGCCAACUCUCUGGCUGUUUGUCUGAUCAGGAGAGUUUAUUGUCAUUCGCACCACUAACACCGCCAUCGGCCGCUUCGGCUAUGAUCAAUCAAAUGAACGUAACAGCAACAGCGAACAGUGUAAUGCGUAAUGACGAUAGUGGGCGUGGAAAUUCAAAUUCAUUGUCAGCGUUUAGCAGCAGCUUGAGUGGAGGCUCUGGCGCUACGGCAGGUGAUCGUAAUUCUUGUUCGAAUGAUUCGGGUUUACGAAAUAGUAGUGAUCGCGAAAGCACCGGUGGCGAUUUAAACUUCAGUGAUGGUACUUGCGAGAAUGGCCCGUGUAUAACAGUGGAUCCAGAUAGCAUUUCACUGAUCUCUAGUCAAAAUAUGUAUCAAUAUGGCACACCCAAGGAACGUAGUCCAACUCUGUCACCACUGAACUCUGCCGCUUACUCGAGAUCUGUGGAGCAACUGGGCUCGCCCGUGGAGUCGGAUGGUCCUGGCGCCAUUGCGCGUAAAUUCACACCAAAAACCGGCACACUAAGUGCACGUAAUGGGCGCGGUGGUACUUGGGGUAGCAUUUCUCGUGUAUUUGCACGCUCUCGUAAUAAAAAUAAAGCUCUGUCAGCAGAUGGUACUGUUGAAUUAACUCCCUAUCUUUCAGACGCCGACUACUCAUGGAGUCCACUCUCCGAAGAGGGUUAUGCCGAGAAAUUGCGUCUACUGCGUGACGCCGCACAACUGCCAAUGGAAAGAUGGCGCGCAUCACAAGUGCUCGCCUGGCUGGAGGUGGCGCUCGGCAUGCCACAAUAUAGUACGCGUUGUGCAGAGAAUGUGAAAAGUGGCAAGGUGUUGCUUGAAUUGAACGAUGGUGAAUUGGAAGCCGGUUUAGGCUUGGUCCAUCCAAUGCAUCGUAAAAAAUUACGUUUGGCCAUUGAAGAACAACGUAGACCAGAAUUGGUACGCUAUCCAAUGAUUACACAGCUGGGACACACUUGGGUGGCCUCCGAGUGGCUGCCGGAUAUUGGAUUGCCACAAUAUGCUGAUACGUUUUUACAUUCGCUAGUUGAUGCGCGCAUGCUGGAUACGUUGUCGAAGAAGGAAUUGGAGAAGUUUUUGGGAGUGACGCGGAAAUUUCAUCAAGCGAGUAUUGUGCAUGGCAUCCACGUGCUUCGUAUUGUGAAAUAUGAUCGCCAAACACUGGCCAUGCGUCGUGUACAAUCGGAAAAUGUGGACACCGAUCCAAUUGUGUGGACCAAUCAGCGAUUCAUACGCUGGGCGAGAUCGAUCGAUUUGGGUGAAUAUGCUGACAAUUUGAAAGACAGCGGCGUACAUGGCGGUCUUGUCGUAUUGGAACCAUCGUUUUCUGGCGAUACCAUGGCCACAGCACUGGGUAUACCACCCUCUAAGAAUAUCAUAAGGCGUCAUCUCACAACGGAAUUUGAUGCGCUCAUAUUGCCCGCAAGAGCAACCUUGGGCCAAGGCAUACGUUCCGGUUGCGGCAUAGUACCGAUUACGGGACCGGGCGGCUUACAGCACUAUGCCACAACUGAUCGCCGCUCUAAUGGCGCAUUGCGGCAGAUAUCGGCAUGGAAAGGAUCACAGAGUUCUCUCUCUAAAGCCUUCCGUUUCAAUACAAAAUCAUCACGCAGCGGAAGCUCCAUUGGGGAUCGUUCAUCCUUCGGCAACUCCACCUCUCCAACACCAUCGUAUAGUAGCUCCGAAGGUGGUGGAGGAAUUUACGCCACUAUAGGCGGUCAUCCACCACACUCUGCACCAUUCUACUCCACCAGCACACAUCACUUCCCGCCACCGACAACAGCACCACCACCACCGCCACCCUCAACAUCAGCGUCCGGUCUUGGAGCAAAUAUAGGCGGCGGUAAUAUCUUCAACUAUGCACCGCCGGGACAUCGUGUGAGCGCACCGCCGGUGAGUAGCAGCAGCACAGCCGAAUCAGUGACAGAUCGAAAUGCUUUGUACGAACAACAUCGACGUGUGAAAAGCAUCAGCGAUAUUGGCAUGUCUGCUGGUAUGGAUGGUAUUGCGGCCGGUGUCGGUACGGGUGCAACAGCCGCAACUACGACGUGCAGCACAGGUGGAACGACAGCAUCGCUCAAGAGCGCCGGCAGUAUGGGUAGUAGUAGUGGCGGCGGUUUGGGUAGUCGUAGCGGCAGCAUCGGUGGUGGUGGCAGUGGUAGUGUUGGCGGUUGUGCUUCUGUCUCUUCCGGUUCACCUGUAUGAGAAUCAGUUAUCAUGUAAGGCGCGUCGAAUGCGCACUUACAUACAAACAUGCAUGCAUGCAUACAUACAUACUAAGUAACUAGUUAAAUAAAAGACAGAUAAAAAUAUUAAAUUGUAAAUUACAGUGGAACAAUAGCGCAGAGCUUAUUACAAAAAAGUAGGUAUUGGUGGUAUAUAUUUUUGAAAUAUUGAAAAAUAUAGAAACAUUGUUAAUCGCUACAGCAUUUAAUUUACGUAAGUAUAUAUUAAUAAUACAUAAUUCAGUGGCAUAACGUAAGCUCAUUAAUGUUGGCCACACAAACACAAAUACAAUCACAUAAAUGCUUAGAUAUAUAUUAUACAUAAAAAUUGUUGUGACAUUGGAAAUCCAUUAACAGUAUUUACUUUUAUUCUUCUACUUAAUGCAGUAUUUAUAAUAAGUGGCAAAAUGUAAUUGAAAAAACUCAAUCCCUUUGAUUAUGCAAUUUAUUACACAACUGCAAAGUUUUCCAAUAGAAAAACUAAAGGAACAUCAAACAGUAUUUAUUUAAUAACUUUAUUAAAUUUUUUAUCAGGACGCUUAAAAAAACUUUUUGCAUCAUACAGCAGGCUACAUAUACGGCUAAUCCCACAAUGCGAUUAAGAUCAACAUUGAAAACUCGCACAAGCCGAAUGUAUUUAAAAAAAACUAUAUAUACGAGUAUAUUUUGUUUUUCAUCCUACAAAAUGAUAAUAUCAUAUAAUAAGAGAGUGAAUAAGCCACUCGCUACUCAAACCUUUUUUCUACUAUGUGCUCAGGCUUAACUGCACAUAACCUCAUUUUAGUAAUAUAAUGAACCAAAUGUCCAAAGCCAAUCUAAACGAUUCAAAUUUUAAUCGCAAACUUAAAAUUUCACUCUAGCUGAGAGAGAUCUCGAUCAUUUCUAAAGUCGUAUCUAUUUCAGUUAGAAUGAAACAUGAAAACUACAAUGAAGAUUUUGAUCAUUUCGAUUACUUUUGGACACUUGGUUCAUUAUAUUACUAAAGAGAGGUUAUGGACAGUUUAGGCCGAGCACAGAAAAAAAGUAUCCGUAGCUUUAUCUAUCGCUUAUUAUAUUAAACCACAGAUUAGUAAUAUAAUGAACCAAUUAUUCAAAAGCAAUUCAAAUCUUCAUUGUAGACUUCUUACUUCAUCCCAACUGAGAGAGAUACCGUUUUAGAAAUUAUGAAGAUAUAGGCAAGAUGUACUCUCCCUGAUUCAAUAACCUUGGUUCCAUUAUUAAAGUAAUACUUUUUUUUAAAAAACUGUUAUUUUCAAACCUAUAUUUUUAAUCGUUUCACCCAAGAUUUAUAUCAAAUUUUAAAUUGAGUAAUUUUAAAGAAAUUAAACAAAAUAGACAUUCAAAAUAAAAAGGUCUUACUGGAUUUUUCCGAACAUUUUCAUAACACAAUUUGCGUACUUUAGCGCUGAGAUUCACAGAGAUUUCCAAGACUAUUUUCUAUAACAACAAUUUAGACCCAAACAUUUUCAAUCCAAAUUUAACUCACAGUAGGUUUCAAACUAUUCGUAUAGGCAUUUAAUUACUUAUCAUACCCUAUAGCAAACUUAUUCUCCUAAUUUCUAAAUUCCACUCCAUACCAAUAAUCAUUUACAACUGCAACCCAAUUCACUGAUUCACAGCACUGCCAGCUUCAAUGCAUUUGUUUAUGAAUUUCGAUAUUUAUUAUUUAUUUUGUGGCUUUAUUUACCACAGACUGCAUUCAAUCGGAAAAAUUAAUUUCGAAUUUUGUAUUGUGCAUUAGGCAACUACAUAUGUUAAGGUUAGAUAAAAUAUUUUCCCUCAGCAAACACUCUUGUGCCAUACAUAUGGUACUUACAAUUACUUACAUUACAUAACAAUGUGUUAUUGCUUACAAUUCAUUAUGCAGUAAUAAUUAUUAACGUUUAGUCAAAGCCACAGCUUCAUUAUUGAUACAUUAAUAUAUCUACACACAAUUUUAACUGUUAUUGUGUAUUGCAGUGAUUAUAACUGUAGCAUUUGUAAUUGCAAUCAUUUGCACAAAUGUAUGUAAACACCUGCUGGGAAAUCGAGCGAUUUCUAGAAAACUAACCCAUUUAUAACUUUGCUGCCUUUUAAACAACUGUGCUAUUUCUGUGGAAAUGCCAGUGGGAAAUCUGUGGUAUAAGUUAUUUCUUUUUGGUAAUUGGAAACCAGUUCUAAACCACAAACUUAUAUUCGCAAUGCAUCUGCCUGGAGCAUAUUAUAUUUUAACAGUUGAAUAAUUUUAUUGAAAUUACUUUCACUCAUUAUAAAUAACGAAGUCUCAUAUUGAAUUUAUUUUAAAAAGCUGGAUACUAAGUAUAUUUCGUACUAUGUUGAAACGCUGAUAAAUGAAAAGUUCCACUAAGCAAGUAUUCACAAACCUUUAGAUUCUUGAUAAUUAUUCCAAAAGCUGUGAAUUGUACUUCAUAUAUUGCAAGAAGCACUAAAAAUAGUCCCUCUUACCUUUACCAACAGCUUGGGUUGUGAAAUGUGGCUGCUAAAUUUGUAUCGAAAAGUAUCAGAAAUAUUAUUCUACAGCUGGAUCCCAUCAGAAUUGCUUUGGAGAUUAUGGUUCGUUGAAAAAUCUGCUUGAAAAAUGAAAGUGUCUUACAAUUAUGAGACUCUGAGAUCAUAAGGUUUGACUACUUAGACACGUUAAGCUUCAUAAUUAUACCCUGAAAUGCCCUGUUCAUUAAGUGUGGCACAAAGUUUGUAAGACCCAAAAGGAAACAUCGGUGACCUUAUAAAGUGUGAAAAUUAUUAGUGUGACGAGCUAUGGCGAUUUAGCCAUGUGUAUACGGGAACUAGUCCCACAGAGUUUGAGAUAUCGUUCUGAAAUUUUGCACAGAUACUAAAAAUCUGCUCAUUUGCCAAAACUCCCGAUAUAGGACCACUAUAAGAUGUAGCUGCCAUAUAAACUGGCCGAUCGAAAUCACGUAAUAAUACAACUCUUUCAUUUGAGGAGAUAUUUUCGCCAAAUUUGGCAUGAAUUAUAGUGCAAGGUAAUGGUUCAAUCUCCGAAUAAAUUGUUUGGAUUUAUAACAAUAUAGCUGUCACACAAUAUAAACAAUCAGAAGCAAGUUCUUGUAUAGAAAGUUGUUUAUUUGUAAAGGGUAUUUUAGCUUCGGUGCAAUCGAAGUUAACGUUUUUUCUUAGGAUAUUUUUGAAUAUUUUGGUUUGAAGUUCAUCGUGCGUUCUUGGACAAAUAAAUUUCCAAUGACACAAUGACAAAUCCACCAUUAAACUUUCUCAUUCCCACCAUGAUUCAAUACCAUUAGAAAGUUUUCAGUAUGCUUGAAUUCAAAAAAUCUCACAAUCUCUGCCUUUCCUGCUGCUUAUUUGGGUUUUUACGUAGUUUUGGUUAUUAUUCGACAUCAUAUAAUAUAUACUAAGAUACACAGAACUUAUGCUGAAAUCGUUGGCCUAAUUGAAAAAUUGUUUUAGGUACCUCACAGUAUUUAAAUUUUAACUCAUGAACAAAACUUAAAGAUCCACCUCUUCCGAAAACUCAACCCACUUGCAAAAAAUGUGUGCAUAAAUUUGCAAUAAAUUUAAAAAUUAAAUAAUUUGUCAUGUUAUAAUUGUAAAUAUAUGUAUGUAUGUACGUAUUAGACUAAUGAAAGUAAUUAUUUACAAUAUUUAAACAAUAAAUUUUAUAAAUUUCCUAUAAUGAGCAAAUUUGUAUGUUCUUGUUGAAAACAUGCAUGAAAAUCCAAAUUUGAAAAAAAAAAUGAAUAAAUAAAUAAAUGAAAAUCUAAAAAAUUCAUUCAUACAUACAUGCAUACAUACAUUAGUGGAAUAUGUACAACGGUGUUUAGAUUGAGUUGUGUGAUGAAGCGUGUUUGGUGCCCCUUACCAUGAAUUGGGUAUGCAUAUGCUAAGCACAUUUGUAUAGACACAUAGAUAUUUAUGUAUGUGUUUUUUUUAUACAUAAUGUACAUGUCAAUAUGUAUGUAUGUAUGUACAGACACGUGCUAAUGCUAUUAUUACAAACACAAUUAUAAUGCGAUUUAAAUUAAAAGCCAAUUAAGACCCACGAAUCGAUGAAAAUUUUGCGAAGCUAUCAAACUAAUUCAAGCAUUGCAAAAAAAAAAUAAUAUAAAAGAUAAUAAUAACUAUAAAAAA